AUGGUGUCUGAAGCAGAAAGAUCCACCAGAAACAAGGCUUACGAGCAGGAGAAAAUAGAGCAUACGCCAUGGGUAGAAAAGUAUAGGCCUAAGAGCUUGGAUGAUGUGGCGUCUCAAGACCAUACUGUUAAAGUGUUGAAGAGAACAUUAGUGUCCGCCAACUUACCGCAUAUGUUAUUCUACGGUCCACCAGGAACUGGUAAAACAUCAACGAUUUUGGCGUUGGCCAAGCUGCUUUACGGUCCUAUUUUGUUCAAGAGUCGUGUUCUUGAGCUUAAUGCUUCCGAUGAAAGAGGAAUUUCCAUAGUCAGACAAAAGAUCAAGAACUUUGCCCGAUUGACCAUCUCCAAUCCGUCUCCUGAAGAUUUGGAGAAAUACCCAUGCCCACCGUAUAAGAUCAUCAUUUUGGAUGAAGCUGAUUCUAUGACCAACGAUGCGCAAUCUGCCUUGAGAAGAACAAUGGAAACCUAUUCUGGGGUCACCAGAUUCUGUUUGGUUUGUAAUUAUAUCACUAGAAUCAUCGAUCCAUUGGCCUCCAGAUGCUCAAAAUUCAGAUUCAAGCCAUUAAAUAACUCCGAUGCUUUGGGUAGAUUACAAUACAUUGCUGGUCAUGAAGGCAUUGAAGCAGAGGAAGGAACCUUGGAAGAAGUGUUGAAAAUCAGCAACGGUGAUUUGAGAAGAGCCAUUACGUAUUUGCAAUCGGCCACCAGAUUACAUUCGUCGCUUAAGCUCCUUGAAGAAGAUAUUAGUAUUGGCACCAAUAAGAUCACGGUAGACUCCAUUUUAGAGGUUGGUGGUGUUGUUAGUGACGAAAUAAUUGACAAGAUUUUGAGCACAAUCGAAUCAAAAGAUAGUAAAGAGAUUAUCGAAGAAACUAGAAAUGUGGUACUACAAGGGUACAGUGCCCAACAAGUUAUUGACCAGUUGCAUGAUAAGUUGAUCAUGGACGAUUCAAGAAGCUCAAUUGUAAAGAAUCACGUCUCUCAGCUACUUUUCACAACUGACAAGAGACUAAAUAGCGGCACCGAUGAACACAUUCAACUAUUGAAUUUGUUCUUAAAGGUCUCCCAAAUAAUCUGA